GUAAGCUGCUCACCGAACGCGAUUUAGCAGUGUUUGCUGUGUGGAAAACAAAAACUGGUGCAAGCAAAACAUUACCGAACGACCCCUUUCAUAAGCAAGAGUUAUACACAUGGCAGGAACACCAAUUCCGCUUUCUUUUGGAAGAAAGUUGUAACGCUCUUGGCAUGCAGCAAAGGCCUAACCCAGCGAAGAGAUAGGGACCAUGCAAAGGCUGCUUAAGCUUCAUAACGGCUUCUGCUACACCAAUAAUCCCCCUCAUGAUUUUGGAUAUAUCUUCUAGUGGCAACUAUAAAUACCCUUCAAACCUUACCCAUCAAAACCACAACUUAAACUUCCAUACCUGAACAAUUAAGCUCAACAUUAAGUCAAUUAGCAAACGUUGUAGCACUCCAUCGAUCUCAAACUCAAACGUACAAAAAACAGAAAAGAAAAUGAAGGGUGUUGUUAUAGCUUUAGUGAUAGUGGUGGUGGCCAUGUUGGUCUUGGUUAAACCGGGGCAGGCCACAGUCACUUGCCAACAAGUGGUGUCAUCUGUCGCUCCCUGCGUUCCAUAUCUCACCAGUGGCACUGGUAGCCCACCCACGGUGUGUUGCAAUGGGGUUUCGGGUCUGAAACAGCUCGCUUCAACCACCAAAGACAGGCGUGCAGCCUGCCAAUGCCUCAAGGACGUCGCAGAUCACUACCAAAACAUUAAGGAAGACGUCGCAGCUAGUCUCCCCACUGCGUGUAAAGUCCAAAUCAACGUUCCCAUUUCUAGGAGUGUCAAUUGCAACGAUGUGCAGUAAAAAUCAAGGCAACUACAGAUGGAAGUUAAAAUAAAGAGAGAAGCAUGGGGGAUGCUUCUAUCUUCUCAACGGCUACACCUAGCUUUUGGUUGAAUGUGGUCAAGAUAUGGUUCUCACUAGAGAGCCAUGCUACUUAGUUUAUUCAAGCUACCCGUUAUGU